AUGGCUGCCUUUACCAAGCAUUUCUCCUACAUCUUACUCCUUCUUACCCUCAUUUCUUCAUUGCAAACCCAUGCAAGAGAAAGCCAAUUCUUUAAUAAAAUUUCCAAUGCUGAAAAAAAGACACAAGUAGUUAUUUCCAACAAAGAACAAGAACCAAAUUUUUUGCCUGAAAAUGAAAAUAAUAGCUUUGGCCUAUAUGAUCAUGAGUCUAGUCAACUUCCUCCUACCACCACCACUACUAAUGAUGUAGAAAAAUCCUACAACGAAAUCAACCCAACCACCACCUUAACUAAUAAUAUUCACAAUAGCAAAUACCUUUCCAAGAAUUAUGACCAUGUGGCCUAUGUCACUGUCUUAAACAACGACGACAAUAACAACAACAACGAUGAAAAGUACAAAAAUACUGGUAGCACAAACAACAACAACAAGAACAGCAACGAGAAGUAUCACAAUGGGGAUAACACUUACUACAACAAUAACAAUAACAACAACAACGAGGGGUACUUUAAUGGUGGCAGUACUAACAACAAUAACAACGAGGAGUAUCACAACGAGGGUAACACUAAUUAUAACACCAAUAACAAUGAGUACUACAAUGGUGGCACUACUAGCAACAACAAUAAUAACAACGAGGAGUAUCACAAUAUAGGUAACACUUACUACAACAAUAACAACAACAAAAACAACAACAACAAGGAGUACUACAAUGGUGGCAGUACUAACAACAACAACAACGAUGAGUAUCACAAUGGGGGUAACACUUACUAUAACAACAAUAACAAUGAGUACUAUAAUGGUGGCACUACUAGCAACAACAACAAUAACAACGAGGAGUAUCACAAUAUAGGUAGCACUUACUACUACUACAACAACAACAACAACAACAACAACAACAAUAAGGAGUACCACAAUGGUGGCAGUACAAACAACAACAACAAUGAGGGGUACUUCAACGGUGGCAGUACUAACAACAACUACUACAAAAAUAACGAGGAGUAUCAUAAUGGGGGUAAUACUUACUAUAACAACAAUAACAAGGAGUACUACAAUGGUGGCAGUACUAGCAACAACAACAAUAACGACGAGGAGUAUCACAACAUAGGUAGCACUUACUACUACAACAACAAGGAGUACUGCAAUGGUGGCAGUACUAGCAACUACAACAAUAACAACGAGGAGUAUCACAAUAUAGGUAACACUUACUACAAAAACAACAACAACAACAAGAAGGAGUACUACAAUGGUGGCAGUACUAACAACAACAAUAAGAACAACAACGAGGGGUACUUCAAUGGUGAUAGUACUAACAACAACUACUACAAAAAUAACGAGGAGUAUCAUAAUGGGAGUAAUACUUAUUAUAACAACAAUAACAAGGAGUACUACAAUGGUGGCAGUACUAGCAACAACAACAUUAACGAUGAGGAGUAUCACAAUAUAGGCAGCACUUACUACUACAACAACAACAACAAGGAGUACUACAAUGAUGACAGUACUAACAACAACAACGAGGAGUACUUCAAUGGUGGCAGUACUAACAACAACAAUGAGGAGGAGGAGUAUCACAAUGGGGGUAGUACUUACUAUAACAACAAUAACAAGGAGUACUACAAUAGUGGCAGUACUAGCAACAGCAACAAUAACGAUGAGUAUCAUUAUAAGGGUACCACUUACUACAACAACAACAACAAGGAGUACUACAUUGGUGGCAAUACUAACAACAAUAACAACAAGGGGUACUUCAGUGGUGGCAGUACUAACUAUAACAACAACAACAACAACAACGAGGAGUAUUACAAUGCGGGUAACACAUACCACUACAACAAAAAUCAGCAACAAGGCUUAAUUUGGGAUAAAACUCCAACCACCAUGUAUCAAACUAGCACAAAAUAUUACUACAGCAACAAUCAAGAACAAAGCAACCCCACAAACUAUGAUCACUAUAAUGGUAACAAGGUGCAGCGCAGGGCAUAA